ACCAAACCACAGUCAAAAAAUAACAUUAAUUUUAAUUAUUUUUAUUUCAUUAUCUAAAUAUAUUUUUAAAAAAUUAAAAAAUGAUGCACCAAAUCUCAUCAUCACUGUACUACAAGGACAUAAAAGUAAUUUCACAGCCCUCCAUUUCCCUCUUUAAAUCUCCUCCGCAUUUCAUCAAACACCUUGUGUGCACUCCCUCUUCUCUCCUCCCUUCAUCUUCUUCUUCAUCCAUUCUCAAAUCUUCUGCAAACCCAUCUUCUCUCUCCUCCCCUCUUUCAAUGGAUCCCGUCAAUGUCUGGGGAAACACUUCCCUCGAAGAAAUCGACCCAGAAAUCUUCGACCUCAUUGAGAAAGAAAAGCGUCGUCAAUGUCGAGGCAUUGAGCUCAUCGCAUCCGAAAAUUUCACCUCAUUUGCCGUCAUUGAAGCUCUUGGAUCUGCUCUAACCAACAAAUACUCAGAGGGUAUGCCCGGAAACCGCUACUAUGGUGGCAACGAGCAUAUCGAUGUGAUCGAGAAUCUUUGCCGAUCAAGGGCACUUGAAUGUUACAGGCUAAACCCAGAAAAAUGGGGUGUUAAUGUUCAGCCGUAUUCUGGGAGUCCGGCGAAUUUCGCGGCUUACACGGCCGUGUUGAAUCCGCACGACAGGAUUAUGGGGCUUGAUCUUCCUUCAGGUGGGCAUUUGACUCAUGGGUAUUACACUGCUGGUGGGAAGAAGAUCUCUGCAACUUCGAUUUACUUUGAGAGUUUGCCUUACAAAGUGAAUUUCCAAACUGGGUAUAUUGAUUAUGAUAAGCUUGAAGAGAAAGCUUUGGACUUUAGGCCUAAAUUGAUUAUUUGUGGUGGAAGUGCUUAUCCUAGGGAUUGGGAUUAUGCCAGAUUUAGGUCUAUUGCUGAUAAGUGUGGUGCUCUUUUGCUUUGUGAUAUGGCUCACAUUAGUGGCCUUGUUGCUGCUGAGGAAGCUGCUAGUCCCUUCGAUUACUGUGACAUUGUCACCACCACUACUCACAAGAGUCUUAGGGGUCCAAGGGCUGGUAUGAUUUUCUACCGUAAAGGCCCAAAACCACCAAAGAAGGGCCAACCCGAGGAUGCUGUUUACGACUUCGAGGACAAGAUCAACUUUGCUGUUUUCCCUUCUCUGCAAGGUGGUCCUCACAACCACCAAAUUGGUGCCUUGGCUGUUGCUCUUAAGCAAGCCAUGUCUCCUGGGUUCAAGGCUUAUGCCAAGCAAGUGAGGGCAAAUGCUGUUGCAAUUGGAAACUAUCUUAUGAGCAAGGGAUACAGCAUUGUUACUGGAGGAACUGAGAACCAUCUUGUUCUCUGGGAUCUUCGCCCACUUGGAUUGACAGGAAACAAGGUGGAGAAACUAUGCGAUCUUUGCAACAUCACUGUCAACAAGAAUGCUGUGUUUGGUGACAGCAGUGCUUUGGCUCCCGGAGGUGUACGAAUUGGUGCUCCUGCCAUGACUUCAAGAGGACUCUUGGAGAAGGAUUUCGAGCAGAUUGGUGAGUUCCUUCACAGGGCCGUCACCAUCACUUUGAACAUCCAAAAGGAGUAUGGUAAGCUCCUCAAGGACUUCAACAAAGGUCUAGUGAACAACAAGGAGAUUGAACAACUCAAGGCUGACGUUGAGAAGUUUUCGUCUUCAUAUGACAUGCCUGGUUUCUUGAAGUCCGAGUUGAAGUACAAGGACUAAGUAUUUUCGUGUAAUGAUAAUCAGGAUCACUUCAGUUUUCUCCACGAGCGAAGCCUCCAAUGUUAUGCUGUCUCAGUGGAAGAAAGCUAAUUGUGCUUUUUAGUAGUAUAUUAGGGGAUUUGAUCCAAAGAAAAAAGUUCUGGAAUUUUUACAUUUCAGUGAGUUUAGUUAUUUUUUCUUUUCUUUUUUCUCUAUGGAAAUUAAUUAAAGCAGUUUUUCAUUUGGAGGUGAAAUUUAUAUGAAAUAAACAUUGUAAAAUUGCCUUAUCUUCUCCCUUUACACCCGUGCUUUUAUCAAAUUAAUUAGGUAGCCUAGGUUGAAUGUCGGGAUCCUUAACUUUCUCAAUGCUGUAAUGUCAAUCCUCUUGGAUGAAAUUUGCUGCUUGCUCAUUUUAAAAAGCAACGAC